AUGGAGGAUGACGGACAUGAUUUCGAAUUCGUGGAGGGCUUCUUGCAAUGUCCCAUGUCUCCUGGUGUUGAAGCACUGUCUCUACCGAACCAGUCCUUCUACGCAUUCUACGACCCUGACAGCCUCGUGACCCUCCAUGAUGCCAUCAGCAGGCUUCAUGAGUAUGUAUUGAUGGAGGGACCAUUUGACGCGGUCAUGGGCUUCUCUAGCGGCGCUGUCCUUGCUGCCCUGUACAUUGCCGAGCUGCAACAGCAGGGCAAGGAAGUGCCGUUCAAAUGCGGCAUCUUCCUCGCAAGCGCUGACAGCGCAGCCGAGAUGAGACACCUCGGACUGGAAUCCCAGACCGAGAUGAUCCGCAUCCCAACCGCCCACAUUUGGGGCUCGAAUGAUGUCACGGCCCCCAUGGGCGGCAAAGAGCUCAGCCAGAUAUGCAAGGUGGAGACACGUCACACGCUCGUACACGAUGGGGUACAUGAAAUACCCCGUAAGCAUAAUCUAACCGAGACGGUUCACGCAAUCCGCAGAACACUUGGUCUGGUUGGCUGA